UAUAUGUCCCCCAGGACCUCGACAAUCACUACUCAAUAUCCAAUCUUCCGGAACCGCCAAGGCAAUACCCGCCGCCUAAUAAGGUCGUGGUCAGACCUCCUGUUACCUAACUACAGAUUGCCGUAUGGUUCCUACUUUUUCCUCCGCACAUGUGCUCACUUUAGCCAGAGCCAAUGACAAAGCUGAUGGCAUCACCAAACCCGGCCACUGCAACGGUUAUCUCACCAGAUAUGAGCAGUUCCUUGGGAGCAUUUGGAGAAAUGGUCAGCGGCCCCUCAAUAUCCGGAAUUGAAAGCAUAUUGCUGUUGGAGAUUGACCCCUCAGAGCCCGUGCUGGCCAUGGGCUCACCACUACAAAAUGACGACGUUUGUCCCACCCCGUACCCAACGGGUUUCUUGCCAGUCAACCUUUGAUUCCAACACGAGACAAACAUGCGCUACCAUAUCUUGUCGGCCCUCGCGGCCUCGGCAGCCAUAGCAGCACCGGCCGCAACAUCCUACGACUACAUCGUGGUCGGCAGCGGACCGGGUGGCGGGCCGCUGGCCGCAGACCUCGCGCGAGCCGGGUACUCGACCCUGCUGAUCGACGCGGGCGGUGACGAGGGCGAGAACCCGACGUACACUGACAUCCCCUACUUCAACGAGGCGGCCAACGACGAGUUGACGCGGUGGGACUUCUGGGUCAAGCACUCGGACGACCCAGAGCGUGACCUCAAGUUCGAGCACACGACCUGGGACACGGGCGACGGCACCUUCUACGUCGGCCUCGACCCCCCAGAGGGUGCCAAGCUGCUGGGCAUCCAGUACCCGCGCGCCGCCGUGCUGGGCGGGUGCGCCAUGCACAACGCCGGCGUCUGUUCCAUGCCCGCAGAUGACGACUGGAACAUCAUCGUCAACAAAACAGGCGAUGAGAGCUGGUCGGCCGAAAACAUGCGCAAGUAUUUCAAGAUGAUCGAGCGGAACGAGUACCUGCCCGAGGGAGACGAAACCCACGGAUACGAUGGCUGGCUCGCCACCUCGGUAGCCGACAACAGCUGGGCGCAGAACGCCAGCCUGCCGGGCACCAAGAUCCUGCGCAAGCUCGCCGAGCUCACGGGCCAGGACCCGGACGCGGCGGCCGACCUCGUCAACCGCGACAUCAACGAAGUGGGCAGCGACGAAACCACAUCCUUCUACAACAUGGUCACCCACGCCGACAGCCAGGGCAAGCGCAGCAGCCCCAACAACUACGUGCGCGCGACGCUGGCCGACCCGGCCGGCUACCCGCUGACGGUGCAGCUGCACACGCUCGUCACGCGCGUCCUGUUCGACAACGCCACCGUCCCGCGCGCCGUCGGCGUCGAGGUCAUGGAGGGCGCCUCCCUGUACCGCGCCGACCCCAAGCACGUGGACGGCACCACGGCCCCCCUCUCGCAGAUCACGGCGAACCGCGAGGUCAUCGUCGCCGGCGGCGCGUUCAACUCCCCCCAGAUCCUCAAGCUGAGCGGGAUCGGCCCGGCCGCGGAGCUGACCAAGUUCGGGAUCCGCGUGGUCAAGGACCUGCCCGGGGUGGGCGAGAACCUGGGGGACAACUACGAAGGGUCGCUGCUUGCGAUGGGGGCGGCGCCCAUCGAAUCCGGCCUGAUCACGCUGCUGUUCCGGACGCCCUCGGCGCCGACCGCCAAGCGCAACAUCUUCACGUGGUGCGGCGCCUUCUCGUUCGAGGGGUUCUGGCCGGGCUUCCCGACCUACCACGGCCCGACGCAGUACACGUGCGCGCUGGUGCACCUGGCGCCCAAGUCGCAGGCCGGGUCGGUGCGGCUGGUGUCGGCGGACCCGCAGGACAAGCCCGAGAUCAACUUCCGCUUCUUCGAGAAGGACGGGGAGCAGGACCUGCUCGAGCUGGUCGAGGGCGCCAACCUGCUGCGCGAGGCGUGGGGCGCCGCGGGGGAGCCCGUGCUGCCGUUCGAGGAGAAGCACCCGUGCCCCGCCGGGGAGGAGCCGUGCGAGGACGCGGCGCAGGCCGAGUACUUCAAGCUGCAGGCGUACUCGCACCAUGCGACGUCGACGUGUGCGAUCGGCGGGGACGGCGAGCCGCUGGCGGUGCUGGACUCCAAGUUCAGGGUCCGCGGCGUGGCCGGGCUGAGGGUGGUGGAUGCCAGUGCCUUUCCGGUGGUGCCGGGCGCGUUCCCGAGCUGUCCGACCAUGAUGCUGAGCGCGAAGGCGGCCGAGGAUAUUCUGGCGGAUGCGAAGGCGGCGGAGGGCAGUUAGGUGAGGGGGGAUGGGAGGGAAUAUCGCACUCUUAGAUAGCUAUAUAGCUUCGGCUCACCCACCGAUUACGGAUAACUGAGUUAGUGGCCCCAUUGAUACGGACCGAAUCUGUCUUACGAGCUCGCGAGGUUCGAAGGACUAGGUUCCUACCCAUGAACCGGGUUAUCCAGCCUUUUCCGACAGUUAUACGGCUUACUCCUUAUACCUAGAGUACUCGGCUGGCGAACUCCCUGAUCUGUGCGUGGGUUGGUGGAACGCCGAGGGCUUGCUAGGUUAAGACUCAUUGUGCAAGGUGAUCUUCUUGUACCUGGCUAAGGGUCUAAAGUGGUUUGGCCGCAGUUAAACGGCUCUAGG